AUGGAAGUUCCGCUGCGAGCAGCGUCUGGUGGCAUGGGCAUGUGCUUCAACUUCGACAAGGAGCACCGCGGCUCCCCGACUGCCAAGUCCAACUUCGACGUGCUAACCCCCAAGACGGUGGUAGACGAGGUGGGCAAGAACUUCGAUACCAUGAUGGCCCCAUAUGAGUCAAUGUAUAUGAUGCUGGGCCUUGACUUGUUCGAAGGCAGUCCUGUCGAUGCGGCCGCGGUUCUCGCCAUGCCCCUGUUCCUCCUCAAGGACGCAGUCUCGUCCAUGAAGGAGGUCAAGAAGGUUGGUCAGGAAGAGAGAGACCGGAGAGCCAAGGAGCUCAUUUUCAAAAUUCCUGAGGGCAUCAUCUUCCUGAUCCCCUUUGUCGGCGCCGUCAAUCUCGAGUUGGCGCCCGUCGCCAUUCUGGCUAUGGUGCUUGGCGGCCUCGGCGCCGGCAGCACCCGCGGUGCUCUACGCCACCGCGAACUCGUCAUCGCGAAGGGCAAGAUAAGCUCCGAGCAGAAGAACAAUAUCGGUGCCUCGUUCCGACUACACAACCACAAGGUCGAAACACUCAUGCGCAUGAUUUGCCUAGACGCUAAGGGGGGCUGGCCGGGAUGGGAGACAAGCCAUUGA